AUGUCUAUCCGUUGCGUCAUUCCUCCCCAGCUCCAACCGCGUCGCGCAGAGCCGACCAUGGGAUAUGCGGCUGCUAUCUCAAGAACGACCGGCAACCACCUAGCCCGGCGUUCAAUUCGCCGGGGAGUCCCUCGUUCCGCAUACCGAACAUAUCACUCGUCCCAAAAGAGCUCGGGAUCUAUCCUCGAGCCGCGUUUAGAGGACCAUGGCCGGGUCAUCCACGACCAGUACUCGGUAGUCCGAGACAGCUACGCUGCUCCAAAACAUCCCGUCGUCCUUGCCCACGGUCUGCUUGGCUUCGAUGAACUUCGGCUUGCGGGUCGCUACUUUCCGGGUGUUCAGUACUGGCGUGGUAUCAAGGAAGCGUUGACGGCACAGGGUGUUGAGGUUAUUACUGCGACUGUACCGCCGUCGGCUUCUAUUGAGGAACGUGCGGAGGAAUUGGCGCGGAAUAUUGAGAUUGGGGCGCGGGGGAAGGAUGUGAAUAUCAUUGCUCAUAGCAUGGGCAAGUCACAAAGGGGCCUUGACUCUCGGUACAUGAUUAGUCGUCUUCAACCGCAGAAGUUCAAAGUGUUGUCACUCACUACUAUUGCCACUCCCCAUCGAGGUUCUGCCGUUGCCGAUUUCUGUUUCGAUCAAAUCGGAGCCGAGCUUCUACCUCAGAUAUACUAUACCCUGAACAAACUCAACAUCGAGACCGGCGCCUUUGCACAGCUAACUCGAAAGUACAUGUCCGAAACAUUCAACCCAAACACGCCAGACAUAGAUAGCGUUCGGUACUUCUCCUACGGCGCAUGCGAUCAGCCCAGUCUAUGGUCCGUCUUCCGACUCUCGCACCGGAUCCUCGCUGAAGCAGAAGGUCCCAAUGACGGCCUCGUCAGCGUGGCUAGUAGUCUCUGGGGUGGCGAAGCAGGAUAUAAGGGGACGCUUGUAGGCGUCAGCCAUCUUGAUUUGAUCAAUUGGACGAAUCGGCUGAAGUGGCUGGCUGCGGAAGUGACGGGCAAACCGCGGAAGUUCAAUGCUAUUGCAUUCUACUUAGAUAUUGCAGAUAUGUUGGCGAAUGAGGGGCUUUAG